UUUCCUCGAGAUUUUCUACGGGCCACUUUGCUCACAUGCGAACCCUUUCACGGAAAGACUAUCGCAAGCUCCGUCAGUUUGCUCUGCUAUGACAGCCAGAGUGGAACCUGUUUGAUGUCACCUAUGACCCCAAGUAGUUCAUACUGCUUCCGGCCUAAGUGUUUACGCACUUCAUCUCGACCUACAGGAGCAUUGACACAUACCCACUGUACUUACCCCGAUCUUGCCUCUUGCUAGUCCCCUGACUCUACGCUAUCUUCUUGUCUUCCUCUGCUCUGUAUGCAAGCUACAUUCACGAUCAGCUCGCGUCCAUAGCGGAGGUACUCCCCACCAUAUACUCUCUUUCCAAAAUCGUCGGCGACAUUGUAUUGUUAGAAAAAAGCGUGGCCACAGAGAUGGCAACCGGCACCGAGCAGGCAGCUGCAACAGACCCAGAAACGGAGAUGAAGCCUCCAACGAACUUCGGAGCGUUCGUAAUCAACUCGCUGGCCGCCAUGAAUCGACAGUCUGGGACCAUAGACCAAGCCGUCUUGAGACAAUGCCUCGGACUGUCCUCGUCCUAUCUCGUAACGGAUUGCACGAUGAACAGCGCGGGCGGGAUGGGAUCGUGGAGUGUUGGACUGAACAGGCUGGUGGACGUCUUGGUGGCGUUGCACGCGAGGGGUGUCCUUGAGCACGAGACGGUGAACGAGGCGUCCAAGGCAUGCUCAGAGUGCUGGACCGUGGCGGGGAACUGGCAGGGAAUGGAGGAUUGCAGAGAUGGCGUCCGGGGUGUGGCGGCACGUUUGAAGAAGCUGUUGGAUGAGAACGGACGGACGUACCAGGGAAAAGCUGUCUAUGUGCCGUGAUGUACGAUUCAGUGAUUUGUCUUCCAUGUAUCACAAACCUACGCUUUUUUUGUAUCCUGAGCCCACUGUAUAUUUUCUCUCUAAAUUUCUAUGUUUGU